CAUUCUCAAACGUUUGCUCGCCAAGACACCAAAGGUUGUUGAGCAUGGUGAUUUAGAACACCAGACAGAGGUCGCCCAGCAAUUCUGCAGAUUGACAGAGCAGCUGAAUCAGCUCGAUACGAUAGAGAACACUGAGGCACACACUCCCGGUUUCGGGCUUGCGCUGCUCAACGCAAUCUCCACCGCAGCACGCUCGCAAUCUGAAGUCGACUUGCUUGGCGCUGCGAUAUCUGCGGGCGUGCUGCUCUCACCCAGCGACGGGAGCCGGGUCCUUGCAAUUGCCCUGGUCCGCGGGGACAUUUUCGCCGUGCUGGCGCGCGGCUGCGCCUCAGUGGCAAGACGCCCCGAGCCCGCCGGCCCCAGCGACAGUGGCAGCAGCGGUCGCGCUGGCUCUGGCGCGGGCGGUGGCGCCGGGGGCCCCAGCGGCAGAGGCGCGGGCGGCAGCGACGGGGGUAGCGGCAGUCCGAUGGCCGCGCUUCGCAAGCUGGGCUCCUACUUUGAUACGUACGAGUUCGUGAUGGUGCACCUUCGCGAGGACCUUGGAAAAAAUGUCUGGGCGGAGCUGUAUGGUGCACUGCGGCGCAGCUGUUUCCUGGAGCACGCUGCGGCGGCGCUGCUGCGCACCGCCGCCGACCUCACCAGCAUGCAGCAGCCGGUUGGGGUGCAACAGCAGCAGCACCCGCCGCCGCAGCACCCGCCGGCGCCGCAGCCACAGCAACAGGAUCAGCAACAGGUCGCCAUGUGGCGCCUGCAUGCGAGCGCUGCGGCGCUGUUCCUCAAGUCAACGCUGAGCUUGACGCGCCUGACAGGCCUGACCUUCGACGAGCUGUGUGCCAGCACCCGCCGCUACCGGCUAGAUCAGGUCUUCGACCCGGACCAUGCCGCGGCACAGGCUGCCCACGCGGCCGAGCUGCGGGAGCUCGUGUCGGGACCCGGCCUGCGGGCGCUGCUGCUGGCGUGCCUGACGCCGAGUCCUUUCGGCGAAUUCGGUGCUUCGCUGGUAGUAAUGCGCUGGCCAGCGAAGGUCGCCAUCAGAACAGAUGUUGCAGGGGGUGACGUUCGCCUGCUCUCGCUUCAGGUGGCGACGCGCGUCUUCCAAGCCACCGUGUCAGGCAGGCGCGGCGCAGUGCCGGUCGCGCAGCCGCCUUAUGGGUACGUCAACACGGGUUCGCAGGGCUGUGCUCUGUGGCCUCAGCAGCAACCGCAGACGCAGCAGGAGCAGCAGCAGGAGCAGCAGCAGGAGCAGCAGGGUGAAGGCGGGCAGCAGCGCACGGCGGACAAGCUGAGGAUGCAGACGGCCGAGGCGUGUGCGGCGGUGGCAGUGUAUUUCGAGCAGGUGCGAUUUGCGCAUUUCUGCAUCACAGCCACCCAGGGAGAUCACCCAACGAGCGUUAAAGACGCCGCUAUCAGCGGGGAGGACUGGGCCCGCACGGUGCCUGCAGUUCGGCUCCUGGUGCGGCUGCUGCCAGAGAUGGGCACCCGAGGGGCGGUGGGACGGCUGCCAGGGAUGUGGACACGGCUGGUGGCGGCAGUCACGCCUCGGCUGCUGGAGCCAGAGGUGCCGGAGGAGGACGCGAUGGGCUUGCUGGCGGACGCGGGCCUGCUGCUGCGGCUGCAGAUUGACUGGCGGGGAAACCUGCUGCCGCUGGCGCCGCUGCAGCCAAUGCCGGUAGCCGCGGACACCGCAGCAGCACAGCCGUUUGGUCACUACUGCCCCAGCCUCAGCCUGCGCCUCGCACUGGAGGCGGGCCUGCUGCCGGCCCUGGAGCGGCUGCUUCGCGCGGCGUUCGUGGAGCAGCCAGCGGCAGCAGGCGGGGGCCAGGCGGCUCGUCAGGAGGUGCUGGAGCGGCGCGCCCGGAUCGCGACGUGUGCGGUGGGCUGCUUGCUGCUGACCUCCGGCGUGUUUCCGGCGCUGCUGGCGCACGCGCCCGUGGCGGAGCUGGUGCCGCUGCUGGCGACGCUGGCCUGCGUGCAGCGGCGGCUGGCGGCGGCGGGCUAUGCGCUGCGGCUGCGCAAGCUGACCGAUUUUGCGAGCGUUUUGCCGGCCGCCACUUCCACACCCACCGAGUUUUCGGUCGGUGAGCGAUGGGCCCCCAUGCUCACGGCGCUUGCGCAGCAAGUCCGGGUCGUUUUGGAGUGGACGGCAUCGGCGCCGCCGCACCCGCAGCCCCCAGCCAUCCACCUCUGGCUGUGGCGCUUCCCUGUUGAUGUGCGGUGGCUGGCGGCGGCGGGCGGCGCGUCGCCGCCUGGCUUGGCGGCAGCGGCGGCACAGCAGCGGCGGAUGCAAUCACUGAUGUGCUUGUGGUGGGCGCCGGCGGUCAUGCCGGUGCAAAUGGACUUCCUCCUCAACGUACACCGGUUUCACGACAAGGAAGCUGGCGCAGUGCUGAGUGUGUGGCUAGAAUGCGCGCUCGAGACGCUGCAUCUGCAGCUGCGUGUGUGCCGGGCCUGCGCGCGUGCUCACCUAGCGUACUGGGACGCACAUGAGGAGGGGUGCCGGGAUAGCGGCAGCGGUGGCGGCACCGCAGGCGACAGCAGCGGCAGUGCCGGCAACAGCAGCGGCAGCCCUGCGGUCGGGGCCGGCGGCAAUUCGGAGACCACGUCUAAGGUGGCGGCAGGCGCUGCGGCUCAAUGCAUGGAGGUCGCUAUGGAAGAGUGGCGCCUCCGUGUCGCGGACCGGCGACCGCAAAUGGAGCGUCUGUAUGAGGCGGUCCUUACGCUGCUGUCCCUCAAGCCCAUGCGCGCGGCAGAAGAGGCGGAGGUGCGUAAGGAGGCGGCGCGCCGCGAAGUCAGCAGCGGUAAUAUUGCAGCGGCCAACAGCGCGGCAGGCGCCGGCAUUGCCACCGGUAGCAGUGGUGGUGGCGGCAGCGGUGGCGGCUUUCGGCUGCGGACGGUUGCCGAGCUGCUGGCGUCCACGGGGACUGCGUUGCUGGACCUGAUCGAGCAGGACACGCUGUGUGCGGCGCUGGCAUGGCGGGAGCAGAUAGCAGAUGUGUUGGGCCCUGCGGUAGGCACCGGCCCUUCAACGCCACCGGCGCCUUCACAACCGCCGCCGCCGCCGUACGUGCUGGUGCCUGCAGCUGCGCGGGCAGUGCUGUACAAGUACGGGGGCUUGGCGCAGCGGCCGGCGAUGGAGUCACUGCUGCUGCCGCUGCAAGGACCGGGUGAGGAGGAGGUCAAGGAGCGCGCGUGGGCGUGCCCUUUCCUGGACCCGCCGGGGACCACGUCACAGCAGGUGACGGCGGAGCAGCUGCAGGCGGCGGAGGCGGCGGCGUACCAACUGCUGCAGUCCGCGCUCGCCGAGCACAGGGAGGAAGCGCGGGUUGCGGAGGCGCCAGAGGCAGCGGGCUCGCAGCCACAGCCGCUGUCCCAGAAACCGCGAUGUGGGUCGGAUGCCAGCAGCCGGGCGUGGCUUGUGCUAUCGUGUGUCCCAGAGCGGCUGGCAUGCGCCCUGCUGGAGGAGGACGUGCAACGGCGGCAGGCCGCCGCUGAGUCCGCGCGAGCAACCAACGCAGGCGCGCAGGAGGAGGAGCAGGCGGAGGUGGUGGAUGUGAAAGGAAAGGGGGCGGCGGUGGCUCACAGCAAGGUGUGCUGCAACCCGGCAUGCACGAGCCUGGAAGGGCCCAGCGCGCUCAUUGCGCCGGGUAGCGGCAAGACGUGCGCGCGCUGCAAGGCGGUCACGUACUGCUGCGGCGCCUGCCAGCUGGCCCACUGGGGCGCCGCGGGCGGGGGGCACUCGCAGGUGUGCCCCAAGCUGGCGGCGUUGCCACUGUGAGGGAUGCCGGCGGUGUGGUGGUUUCCACUUGGCAAGAACAAGCAUGCUUUGAAGUUACCGGACGUGGGGAGAACGGGCACGGUUAAGCGCCUGCCUUUGUAACAAUACCGGACGUGGGGAUGUGCUGCUGUACUACUCUCAGGCGGUUUGUGGUUGUAUUAAUCACGCAUGUGCAUCAUGUAGGCGGGAUGAAUCAUGAUAUGGGGCUGGGAGCCGGUUCGGCCUUCAAUUUGGCGGUUGGAAGUGGACGGCAGCACGACCGGUGUGUUCCCAAACGUUGCAGAUUACAGCUCGCGGCCAGCCUGUCGUGCACUCUUUUGUGUAAUGUGUUUCCACUUGGGUGUGUCUUGUGGAGAAUACUGGGGCAUGGCCGCAUGGGCUUACAUUGGAGAGUUGUACGGCAUCGCAUAGGGCGGCGGGGCGGCGGCGCCGGCGGGGGGGGGGGCGGCGGAGGUCAUUGACCUGUGCGACAGUGACUGCAGGCAGCGUGGCUUUGGUGAGCAAGCGCGGCUGGUCAGCUGCACCAGGCCAACACCGUGGGUCAAUACCGAUCCAAUCCUUUCCUAGAGGCGGUGUCGUGUCGGGCUAGGGAACUACCAUCGCUGUACAUUUGGGACAAGUGGACUGGUUUAUGCUACACACGGCCGUUGGUUAGCAGCUGCAGGCAGCAACGCUGAGGCUGCGCUCUGGCUGGUCUUGCCUUCUGGCAGCUGCCGGCCGCUGUGAUAAAGCUACAUUUGCUAGUGUUUUGUUUCUGUGCUGUUGCUGCAUUGCCUUCGUGUUGAGUGUGAGCGGCCCAGGUGUACACAGCCCUGCGUUUCGUUGUUGGCGUGGCUUUGAAGUUGGGUCGCCAACGCAAGCUGGGUAGCUCGGGUUCAGGAUCAUCUUAUUCCCGUACCGAAUACUCAUGCACGCAAGUGGCGUCACUGGGCGAAGUGUGAAGGUGAACACCGAAUUGCAGACUAGUGGCUGGAGUGCUGAGGUGGAUGGAGUGCUGAGGUGGAUGGAGUGCUGAGGUGGCUGCCCGUCCCCAUGGCACUUAGCUUGCAGGAAGGAAGUGAGACAGGACUUCAGGAUAAGGCUACUCCGGGGCAUGUCAGGAAGGAAGUGAGACAGGACUUCAGGAUAAGGCUACUCCGGGGCAUGUCCCGUGCGCUUUGCAUACUGUUGGAGGGAUGGGGAUUUUGUUUGGGGCCUGCACGCAGAUCCAGGAGGGCUGCAGAAACGCCGAACCCGCUAAACCGUGUGAUGAACUGUGGAUGCCGGCUGCCUCGUGCUGCACGCGAGGCUAGUUGCCAACUUGCUUGUAGCCUCAUGUUCGCCUUAUAUGUGGCAGGCAGCGCGAUUUUGCCGUGGACGAGAAAGAGGGAGAGUCUGGCGCGCGGAUUACGGAAUGUUUCUG